AAAUAAAAUCAAGGCCUAAAAUCAAAUACCAAUCGUAGAAACUGAGUGAACAUUAAGAAACUAUAGGCUAUGAAUUGUAGCCUAAAAUUACCAUUUCUUUAGUUUAUGAAUGGCACAUUUAUUUUCAAGCAACCCACAUAUUUCUCAUAAGCAUGUUAUAUGUUCAAACUUUAGGUAUUAUGAUGUUAUAACAACACCAAAAAAUGCAUGUUAUAGAGUAAGAAGAAAAAGAAAAACUUGGAGUGUUUCAAAGAUACAAUGCUGUAGCAGUAAUAGUACAAGUAGUUCAGAACAAUUAUAUUUUGCUGAUCAAAAAGUGAAGUUGGAAAUUGAGAAUAGUAGUGAAAAUAUGAAGCAAAAUUUGGAUUUUUUGGUGUGUGAAUAUGGAUGGAGGAUAAGGAGAUUAAUUGAGAAUGCAGAUGAGAUAAAAAUGGCAGCUCUAGUUCAAGCUGAAGCUUUUCAUGAUCCUGUAGCUCUUUUCAAUGACUUGUUCUUUCAAUUCUUUAAGGCUGAAGUGCUUUCAGGGCUGCUUUACAAGCUUAAAUACUCACCUCCUGAUAGGUAUGCUUGUUUGGUGGCUGAGAAUGAUCAAGAUUCACCAAAGGAACUUGUGGGUGUUAUAGAUGUUACUGUAAUGAGAGACCAAGAUGUGCUUGAACAUCUCCCUGCUGAUGCACAAGAGUACCUUUACAUAUCAGGCAUAGCUGUCUCCAAUGCUUUCAGGAGGAGGAAAAUAGCAACUGCUAUGUUAAAAGCAUGUGACAUAAUAUCCAAUUUGUGGGGUAAUGAGUUUCUUGUCCUUAGAGCUUAUGAAGAAGAUUUGGGUGCUCGAACAUUGUACACAAAUGCAGGCUAUCAACUUGUGUCUAAAGAUCCACCAUGGACAAGUAAUUGGGUUGGAAGGAAAUGUCGUGUUCUUAUGAUCAAAAGAAUUAGUUUAUUGCCUAAUUCAGUAGAAUAUUAAUUCAAAAAUUCAGACAAAAUAUCAGAAAUGGAAAAUGUAUUAUAUGUACAUAGCAUGUGGAAGCAUAUUUACUUCAUUA